UUAUACUAAACGCAAUAUCUUCUCAACAAAAGGGCCGAAUCAAAAUUCGAAUUUGAUUUGAUUUAGUUGUAGUGGGAGUUAACUUUUUCCGGGAUUUCUAGAGAAUUCACAGUUUGGCCCCUUUUAGUUCUCUGAUUGCUUUUGUAUGCAUGUUUUCUGUGUGUAUAGAACAGUAGAUGCAACUAUAAGGCUUCGUUCCACCCCUUUUUUCCUUUGCUUUCACUUAGGGUUUCUUCUUUUCCCUUUAUUUUUCAUUUUCUUGACUAUUUUUGCUGAUAACUUAGGCUUCAGUUUCAAGCUGUAAUUUUUUUCUCCCUACGGGUUUCAAAGUUAAGAAUCAAUUUCUCUUUUUUCCAAUAAUUGAAAAGACUCAUCCUUUUAGGUAAAAAAGAGUAAUUUUUAGGGUGUUUUUCUGUUGAUGGGGGUAGAAAUCGGAUUGAUUUCGGUUUGAUUUUACUUGUAUUUUUUGUAGUGAUUGCUGAAUUUACACGACUUCAAUUGGAUACAGUGAUUGAUAUUCUUUUUUCCUUAUCUGCUAUGGGCUUAAAAGUGUAUGCUUUAGCUAAUCUUUUACUGAUAACUUGAGACUAGUAUUGGAGUUUUCUUGGAUUCUGAUUUGGGAGAUGAUGGUUUUUCUAAAGUAUAGAAUUGUGAGGUUAUGAUGAGGCUCUCGGGGAUAAUUUAGUAAUUUUGGGAAGUCAUGAGUUCCGGUGGGAAGAGCAGAGGAAAAAAAGAGGAGGAUGGGGGAAAUCAUGACAAGUCGAACUCAAGAUCCAUUGAAGGAGUUUCUUCUAAAGGAUCAUCAAUCAGUGCCUCAGUUGAAUUAUCUAUUGAUGAGAAAGUGCUUGUUGACCCCAAAUCCCUCUUUAUUGGAUCAAAAAUUGGUGAGGGAGCUCAUGGCAAAGUUUAUCAAGGAAGGUAUGGUGAUCGUAUUGUUGCUAUCAAAGUUCUUAACUGUGGUCAAACCUCAGAAGAGAGAAGUGUGCUUGAGAGUCGCUUUGUUCGGGAAGUGACAAUGAUGUCGAAAGUAAAACAUGAGAACCUUGUCAAGUUUAUUGGAGCUUGUAAGGAACCUUUAAUGGUGAUAGUUACUGAGUUAUUGCCGGGGAUGUCACUUCGGAAAUACCUAGGGAGUUUGCGUCCUAAGCAGUUGGAUUUGACAUUGGCAUUAAACUUUGCUCUGGACAUUGCUCGAGCCAUGGAUUGUUUACAUGCAAAUGGGAUUAUACAUAGAGACCUAAAACCCGACAAUUUGCUGCUUACAGCAGAUCAGAAGUCUGUGAAGCUUGCAGAUUUUGGUCUUGCCAGAGAAGAAACUGUCACUGAGAUGAUGACUGCAGAAACCGGGACUUAUCGCUGGAUGGCACCUGAGUUAUACAGUACUGUGACUCUUCGCCAGGGGGAGAAGAAGCACUACAAUAACAGAGUCGAUGUUUACAGUUUUGGCAUUGUCCUCUGGGAGCUGCUUACAAAUCGCAUGCCAUUUGAGGGAAUGUCAAAUUUGCAGGCUGCUUAUGCUGCUGCUUUCAAGCAAGAGAGGCCUAGUCUGCCAGACGACACUCCAGCAGAGCUCGCAUAUAUAAUCCAGUCGUGCUGGGUUGAAGAUCCUAACAUGCGACCUAGCUUCAGCCAGAUCAUCCGGAUGCUCCAUGAGUUCCUCUUCACACUGAAACCCCCCUCCUCGCCAUCUUCACCAGAGACCAAGAACGCUGCCAUCAUCGAGUUCUCUAGUCGAGCCAAAGGGAAAUUCGCUUUCCUUCGCCAACUUUUUGCCAACAAGAAGGCCCUCAACUCAUCAUCAUAGAAGUUAAAGAGGGUAUUUUUGCCUUGUUUUUUGCUGGAAAAAAAGGUAUCAACAAAUCUGAUGGUGAUUUUGGGAAAUUUACAAAAUCAAGUAGAAUGAUGAAAUUAGUAUAUUUCGUAGUAGAACCAUGUGUACAUCUAUAUAUAGACACUCUUUCCACUUGUGGAGAUUCUCAUAGAAAUGCAGACAAUUUACAUUACAUUGCAUCAUCAACUCUUGUUGUCACAAAUUUAUGUGAAUAAAAAGUGAAUAUUUUUCUAUUUUUUUCCA